AGCAGCAGCAGCGACGGCCACCGAAUCCGCCGCCGGGAGAGGCUCUGCGGCCAUGAAGCCGACCGGCCGGAGCCUUCAAUACCCCAGGUCCCAAACUACAGGCUGUCGAUGACAAUCCCAGACUGGCUCCAGGCGAUCCAGAAUUACAUGAAGACACUACAAUACAAUCACACAGGGACCCAGUUCUUUGAAAUUAGGAAAAUGAGGCCGCUGAGUGGGUUAAUGGAAACAGCAAAAGAAAUGACCCGAGAGUCCUUGCCUAUCAAAUGCCUUGAAGCUGUCAUCCUGGGCAUAUACUUAACCAACGGGCAGCCUUCCAUCGAGCGAUUCCCCAUCAGCUUUAAAACCUAUUUCUCAGGAAACUGCUUUCACCACGUCGUGCUGGGGAUCUACUGCAAUGGCCGCUACGGCUCCCUGGGCAUGAGCCGAAGGGCCGAGCUGAUGGACAAGCCGCUGACCUUUCGGACUCUGAGUGACCUCGUCUUUGACUUUGAGGACUCCUACAAGAAAUACCUGCACACAGUCAAGAAGGUCAAGGUUGGGCUGUAUGUCCCCCACGAGCCUCAUAGCUUCCAGCCCAUUGAGUGGAAGCAGCUGGUUCUCAACGUCUCGAAGAUGUUGAGGGCUGACAUAAGAAAGGAGCUGGAGAAAUACGCCAGGGACAUGAGAAUGAAGAUCCUGAAACCUGCAAGUGCCCACUCUCCCACCCAAGUGAGAAGUCGGGGAAAAUCCCUGUCCCCCCGAAGGAGACAGGCCAGCCCACCGAGACGGCUUGGCAGACGAGACAAAUCGCCUGCAGUGCCCGAGAAGGUAGCCGACCUCAGCACUCUGAACGAAGUGGGCUAUCAAAUCCGCAUUUAGCUCGGCCAUAAUGGCCAGUAAGAGCUUCUGCAGCGCUUCUCUCUGCACUUCACCCAGUGUCUUCAGGAGGAACCGCAACUCUUAGCAACGUGUGGAUUUCAUUUUUCAGGAUUCACCUGGAAAUGGAAUCUGAGUGGGUGGUAACAAUGAACCUUAAAAACUUCACGAAGGGGCAACCAUGAAAAUACUAAAGAACCCCGCUGGGGUUGGGCUGUCCCCUCACUCGAGAUUUGAAGGAUAACAACCGUAAGUGUAGUUUGCAUUUCCCCAUCACCUACUUCCUCUUCCUGCUGUGAACGGCCUCACCGGUAGUCAGCGUUCCCGAAAUCCUCUCUCCCG